AUGGCGGACGACGGCCGGAAGUACAUCACCUCCGACGAGCUCAGGCGGCACAACGUCCCCGGAGAUCUCUGGAUCUCGAUCCAAGGCAAAAUCUACGACGUCACCGACUGGUCCGCCGUGCAUCCCGGCGGCGACGCCCCACUCCUCAACCUCGCCGGCCAGGACGUCACCGACGCCCACCUCGCCAAAUCAGGUAUGUUCGACAAGAAAGGCCACGGCGUGAUCUACUCCCUCUGCUCUGUUUUCCUGAUGCUGGCCGCCUGCUUCUAUGGCGUCAUCUUCACGGAAAGUUUCGCCGUACAUUCUCUCUCCGGCUGCCUGCUUGGCCUGGCCUGGAUGCAGGUCGCCUAUUUAGGUCACGACUCGGGUCACUACCAGAUAAUGACGACCCGCGGGUUCAACCGGUUUAUCCAGAUCCUCGCCGGAAACUGCCUGACCGGAAUCAGCAUCGCCUGGUGGAAAUGGACACACAACGCACACCACAUUGCUUGCAACAGCCUCGAUUACGACCCGGACCUUCAACACUUGCCAAUGUUAGCCGUGUCUUCUAAGCUUUUCAACUCGCUGACGUCACGUUUUUACGGCCGCCAAUUAACCUUCGAUUCCCUAUCUCGAUUCUUCGUGAGCUACCAACACCUCACGUUUUAUCCCGUGAUGUGCGUGGCUCGUGUAAACCUCUAUCUCCAGACAUUUCUACUACUUUUCUCGAAGAAGAGGAAAGUGCCAGAUCGAGCACUUAACCUUUUAGGUAUUCUCGUUUUCUGGACAUGGUUCCCGAUUUUGGUCUCGUUUUUGCCGGAUUGGACAGAAAGGUUCGUUUUCGUGAUGGCGAGUUUCUGCGUGACCUCGAUCCAGCACGUGCAGUUUUGUCUGAACCAUUUCGCGGCCAAUGUGUACGUGGGCCCGCCGAGAGGGAACGACUGGUUCGAAAAGCAGACGGGUGGGACGAUAGACAUAUCGUGCUCGUCUUACAUGGACUGGUUUUUCGGGGGUUUGCAGUUUCAGCUCGAGCAUCAUUUGUUUCCCAGGUUGCCCAGGUGCCAGUUGAGGAGGGUUUCGCCUUUAGUGCAGGAGUUGUGUAAGAAGCAUGGCUUGCCUUAUAGGAGCUUGUCAUUCUUUGAGGCUAAUGCAAUCUUACCGGCAACACUAACCAAUGCUUCAAACACCACCAAGAAAUCCUGCGCACUUCAUUGUGAUUCCCCCUCAGAGCUCAUAAAUCUCGUCUCAAAAGAAGCUAUAAAAAGCAUUAAAGAGCAGAUGAUAAAUUCACCAAAGGAGCAUAAGUCACCAAAGAUAGGAAAACUCGAAAUAAGUAGGCUUUGGAGUAGAAGGGCACCCUAUCGACUGGAUCAAUUGGUCGACAGCCUGCAGUUGAUACUUAUGGGUCCCGUUGAGGGCAAUAUUGUGAACCUUGUGCUCAUAUAUUUUUCCAUCCCUGUCGAGCUUGUACUCUGA